UUCUGCGUUCUAUCAUUUCACGAUGGUCAACUAUUAGCCGUCAGAUCCAAAGCCUCGCAUCGUAACGGUAACAACAUCCACUUCAACCGAACAGCCGACCACUCUGAAUCCUAACCCUUCACUCGUCAAAGUUCCUCUCUUCUGCAUCUCCCGAGCAAGAAAGCCCGACCUCACCUCCUCCCUUCUUCCCCGAGAUGCGAUUGUAGAUUGCUUAUACGGGAGAGAGCAUUAAAAAGAUGCAGAAAUUGGGUGAUUUUAAACUGCCCCAGUUCUUCAAUUAUCCGCCAUAUUUCACUUUGCAGCCAGUGAGGGACACUCGAGAGAAACAGGUACAACUUUGGAAGGAGCUGAUACUUGAUUAUUGUAGGACCCAAAAUAUAUUUAUGAUUGGACUGGAAGAAGACUUCCCUCUGUUCACAAAUUCUGUGAUUGAAAGGUCUCUUAGUCACGAAGCUAGGGAGGCAUUCCUCUCAGGCUUAGUUUCAGAUGGCCGUGCAGAAUGGAUGGAUAAAGGUCAUAGAAAAUGUCUUAUCCUUUGGCAUCGGAUUCAAGAUUGGGCUGAAUUGAUUUUAAGCUUUGUAAAAGAAAAUGGAUUGGAGGACAGUGUGAUGACAGUUGAGGAAAUACGUUCAGGGACUGAAUCCCGAGGAACAGAGCUUCAUGGGAUGGACCGGACAGUUCUAAUGCGAGCUCUGAAACUGCUAGAACACAAGGGGAAGCUUGCAAUCUUCAAGGGAACUUCAGCUGACGAUGAAGGCGUGAAAUUCUCUUUAUAGUAUUUAUACAGUCUUCAAAUAGGUUCUCGUUCGUGUACCGUGAUCCAAGGCCGCGGACCUCACCACAGGAACUUGAUGAAUCUACCUAAUUUAUUGAAUUAUACAACACAUUGAUUUACCUUUUGUUUGAUAGAUGAGAUUGUUUCAUACCAUCAAAUUUUUUUCAUCAUUGUGAUUUUGAUUCAUUAGUGAAAGGUUGACCUUGAUAUAUAUAAUCUCUAACAAGUCAGCAUGUGUUUGGUUGA